AUGUCGAAGUCGACUAUCACCUCAAAGAUUCCCAAGAUCAUUGCUACAUCACAGCAGUCUCGUUUCCACAGUGAGACACUGGACACCACCACUGAGGUUGACCUUAAAGGGGUGAAUAUCAGCAUAGGGGAUCGGGAGUUAAUUUCAGAUAGUAAACUCAGAUUCAAGGCGGGAAUCAGGUAUGCCUUGGUAGGAAGGAACGGGACUGGAAAAUCCACUCUCUUAGAGGCUUUGGCAGAGAAGCUCAUACCAGGUCUCGGGAAGGCACUUCGAAUUGUCUUGGUUUCCCAGGUCACGGACACUAUUCGCAUUGUUGGACAUGGCGAGGAGAUCUCCGUCCUCGAGCAUGUUAUCCAUGGUGACGUCGAAAGGGAAAAGGCUAUUCAUGAAUUUAACCUCCUCACCAAGGCCGUAGAUUCUAGUUCUGUUUCUGAGACGCAGCGUAUCGUAUCGGAAAUCACUCUAGCGCGCCUGGUUGCAGAACUGGCGGAUGCACGAAAAGUCGCUAGUAGAACGUCAGGGGCGAGGGGUAAGAAAGCUCGAGACGAAGAAAUCAAAGCUGAGGCUCGUGUCAAGAAAGCGGAGGAAGACCUUGCUCAGAAUGUCCAGGAGGACACGGAUGUGGUCAGACGAGCAGCCGACAUGUUAACUGAGGUCACUACAAACUUAGAGCUCCUCGACGUGUCCACCACAGAACCUCGCGCCGCCUCCAUUUUGGUCGGAUUGGGUUUCUCUACGGAAAUGAUCAACGGGCCCGUUAAAGCACUGUCUGGGGGGUGGCGCUCACGGUGCGCCCUGGCGACAUCACUCCUAGUUCAAUCGGAUGUUCUCCUCCUUGAUGAACCUUCCAAUUUCUUGGAUCUCGAAGCUACGCUCUGGCUGGAACAAUACCUCAUAAAUCAAGAGCGCACACUCGUGAUAACCUCGCAUGAUCAAGUGUUCCUAAACUCCGUCGUAGAAGAGACAAUUCUCCUGCGAGACAAGACGUUACGAUAUUUCGAAGGCACUCCCCGUGCCUAUGAAUUAGACGAGAAGAAGAAACGUAAAACGGCCAUCAAAAGCCAAAACGCUCUGGAUAAGAGGAAAGAACAUAUCGAACGGUCCAUACAACAAGGAAGAGCCGCCGCUAAACAAAGUGGCGAUGAUAACAAAUUACGCAUGGCUAAAAGCAGACAGAAGAAGCUUGACGAGCGUUGGGGCACGGAAGUCAGCGCCAAGGGUACCAGAUUCAAGCUGAACCGCGACCUUGCUGGCUAUCACUUAAGCAACAGAGCCGAAAUUGAAAUCGACGAGGGCGAGCCUCCCGUCCGAAUUGUCUUGCCGAGCCCAGACAAGUUGAGGACCAUAGGCGACUUGAUACAUUUUGAUAAUGUAUCGUUUAGCUAUCGUCGCCAGGGAGCCAAGCUGGAGGGCGUCACAUUCACUGUUGGCCAAGGCGGCAGAUGUGCAUUUGUUGGGGCGAAUGGUCAAGGAAAAUCAACACUUGCAAAACUGAUUAUGGGGGAACUCUCGCCGUCCAAAGGAGUGAUUGUGCGACACCCUUCACUGAAGAUAGGCUACUUUACGCAACACUCAGUGGAGGAACUAUCCAACGAGUCGCUCAAGACAACUACGGCGUUGAAAUACUUUCUGGAUCACUUCGACAAACUGGGUGAUCCCGUUCAGGAUCCAGAGGCUAGGGCAUGCCUGGGAACCCUGGGGCUUAGCGGCAAGGUCGCCAGUGACACUCCUUUGGCUGCAUUGUCUGGAGGCCAAAAGGUUCGACUUGCGAUAGCUCUCAUUAUAUUCAGGCCGCCAACAUUGCUACUUCUGGACGAAAUCACGACACAUGUCGACGCGCCAACUAUCCGAGCCCUCGCAAAAGCGCUCAAGAAAUUUACAGGUGCGAUCGUGUUGAUGACGCAUGACCGCUGGUUCAGUCGUGCGGUAGUGGAGGGGUGCUCGAUAUCUUCCGCACAAGCAUUUGGAGACGAUGAGGGAGAUGAGACAGACAUCUCCGAUGAGGAGUCUGAUGAAGAAAUUGAGGGUGGUCAAACGGCAAAGACAUAUAUGGUUAGUGGUGGAAAGGUCAAGCUUCUCGAAAACGGCAUGUCCCAAUAUGUCGCCUUGGUUGAACGGAAGUUGGAACGACGCAAGAGGGCCGCCGCCGCGGAAGCAGCCAAAAAGAAAGGGUAA